UAUGAGGCUUGUUCCUUUGGGUGGUGGCUACAAACUUUUCUGUUACUUCGGCCGGCAGUGGAGUGGUUGACGGGUGGGAAAAGUACACUUGAAAUAUUUAAUAGUUAGUUGUUUUGAGCGACUACGUACAUAAUUAAUUAAAAGUUGGGUAGAUAUUUCGAGGAGUUUGUUCAGGCUGGGGUUGUCCGCUUAAUUGUUAGCGAGUUGUUUGGGAGCUAACGAGUAAUUACCCUGUGAGCUAGUAAAGCCACGCGAAGGAAGAGAAAACGCCUGGAGACACCGCGGACCAAUGCAGGCCAUAAAGUGUGUCGUGGUUGGAGACGGGGCUGUUGGUAAAACAUGCUUGCUGAUCAGCUACACCACCAAUGCAUUCCCUGGAGAGUACAUCCCCACAGUAUUUGAUAAUUACUCUGCAAAUGUAAUGGUGGAUGGCAAACCAGUCAAUCUCGGUUUAUGGGACACAGCAGGACAGGAAGACUAUGACAGGCUCCGUCCUCUCUCCUACCCUCAGACAGAUGUGUUUCUGAUCUGCUUCUCCCUUGUGAGUCCUGCGUCUUUUGAAAAUGUUCGUGCAAAGUGGUACCCAGAAGUGAGGCAUCACUGCCCCAACACUCCAAUUAUACUGGUGGGAACCAAACUUGAUCUGCGAGAUGACAAGGACACUAUUGAGAAGCUGAAAGAGAAGAAGCUUACUCCCAUCACCUACCCUCAGGGCCUGGCCAUGGCUAAAGAGAUUGGAGCUGUGAAGUAUCUGGAAUGCUCGGCCCUGACGCAGCGCGGCCUUAAGACAGUGUUUGACGAGGCGAUUCGAGCUGUUCUCUGCCCACCGCCUAUGAAGAAGAGGAAGAGAAAAUGCUCUCUGCUCUAGACGGUGAUCACGGCCUACAAUCCCAGCUGUAUUCUGAGGGAUGGGAACGAGACGGUGCACUUGUUGCCAUUUUCCUCCCUCCCCCCCCUUUUUUUUUCUUUUGGAUGUUUAUAUUCUCACACAACUGAACAUAACCUCUAGAUGUAGGAAUGAGACACAAUCACCUCAAAUCCAUGUUAACUGAUGCACCCAUACUGAGAAUUAUGGCCUUUGAAUUUUUUUUUAAAAAAACACAACUUUGUUCAGUCGUUAAUUUCUUUAAGAGCCCUUGUGGUUUGUUUACAAGUCAUCAUUGGAACGAAAGAAGUCUUGCCAAAUAGCACUACAGAACCCACUAGAUGCAUGCAUACUACAAAACUCUUCUGCUGGCUACUGAAAAACAAGCCAAGGUUGGACAAGUUGAAUGAAGUGAGUACUGUUUAACGAAUAAUCACGGAUCAGUACUCAUCACUGUCUUGCAUUUCAUACUGUAAAACCUGAAUAACAGCGCUAGUGUAGCUUCAGUGUUUCUCAAGUGCUUCCUAUGAGCAGUUAUACCUCUUGACAUGAUAAAAUGCUUAAGCCCAACUAAUUACCUAUAACCUUGUCUGUAUAUCCUCCCUAAAGUUGUUCAACUGCAGUCUGUGUACUCAGCGAGGGGAUUUGAAGCAUCUCAAUAACACUAUAUAGGGCUAUCUGGAGCCUUUAAUCCAUUUCUAAUGAACCUUAAACUGGUAUUAAAUUUUUUUUUUUAAAUAUCUGAUGUUAAAGGCAACACUACUGUUGGAUUGUGACAGGAAUUUUAAGUAGUACUUUUUUUUUCCCUUCCCCCAUUAACCCUUGCAUUCCUAUCAUAGCUAAUUUUAACAACUUACUGUAUACACUAACACUUCUGUCAGCUGGAUAGUAUGUUUAAUGGAUUGAAUUAAAUGAAAGUCAUGCAUUAGUGAUGUUCAGAGCUUGUCUUUACAUACCUCUAACUUUUUUUUUUUUCUUCCUUCCCCUCUUCAUCAUAAGUCUGUCUGCACGAUUAGAGCCAAUGUAUUUUUUUUUUUUUUGGAGAUUCCUAAUCACUUUGUUUUGCCUAAAUGAUGACAAAUAAAGCAGAAUUAAAUGUG